GAUGUAGGGGUGAAGUACAGUGGAAGCAGCUCCACCUUCACAACAAACAAUGCUUUGGCUCCUCCUCUCUCUGCCUCCAUUACUUGUUAACUUUUCUUCCCCUCCUCCUCCAGUCAAGUCUUAUCUGUCCGACCAGGAUUUGUUGGUAUGAGUGCCACAUCCUGCAGCAGCUCCAGCAGUAGCAACUAGGGCAGUUAGUACUGACCACAGUAGAGUAACCUUACAGUGACCGCCUCUAGAGAGACACCACAGGUGUAAAGGAGGCCUAGUCUGGAGGGAACACCAACUGAGGACUGCUGUGGAGAUCCUUGUCUUGCCUAUGGGAUCCAGGCCGACCAAGGAUUCCAUCUACAAUGUUGUUAUGGUGAUGGAGUGAAUAUUCCAACCCAAGAGCUCCACGUAAAAGUGAAACACAGAUUUGUUUAGCCACUAGCUAGCUACGAGAGGAACCACUGGUCAUAGUGAGUCUCCUGGUACCAUGCCUGCUCUGGGAGCUUGAUGAUGCCCGGAGACGUGUGGGUACUUCGUGUGCUCCAGGGCUACACAGGGGAGAGCAGGCCUGCAGCCGGAAACCUGAGGUACCAUGAUGAACUCAAGGAAGGAGGGAGAUGACAUCACCUCUCUCAUCGCCAUGACUAACACCUCGGAUCAAAACUAUGGGAGCAUGGACACCGGGGUAAGCUCCGGGGACAGAAAUGUGUUCAGCGAUGGCAUCACUCGCAUCGACUUUGUCUUAGUUUGGGAGGAGAGUUUGGCUGGGUUGAAGAAUGGUGCGUUGGAGAAAGACAAAUCAAGUCCCACCUCUCAAGACUCACACAUGAAGUGGAGAGAAGACUUCUUGUCCAGACUCCAAGCAAAUGGCAUCAACAAGGAAAUGAGGGAGGUUCUUCAAGCUAAGAAGAAAAUCACUUACGUCCUCUUGAGCGCCCCCUGGAGUGUCCUUUGUUACUAUGCAGAAGAGAUCAGUCUUCAAGUUCCUCUGCAGGUGGUCACCACACCAAACUUCAACUGGUCAGAGAAGAUGCUGGAGAAAACCAAAAUACCAAACAUCAUGAGCCAGGAUGUGCCCAACCUGCCCCCUGACUACUACACCUGCCAGUUUCGCACCAACAAGCUGGAGAGGUUUCUGGGCAGUGAGAAUAAGGAAACAUUCUUCAAGACAACCCAAAGACAUCAAGUACUGUACGAGAUUUUGGCCCGGACGCCGUACGGUUCAUUAGAACGAGGAGAGGUGGGAAUCGACAGGCUACUCAGUGAGAAGGCUUUCACUGCUGCCUACCCCCUGCAUGAGGGUCCAUUUGAGAUGCCGAAGGAUGGCUCGGUGGACCCCAAGGCCCUGAGCCUGCGCCAGAUCCUCCACCGGUACUGGGCUCGCUGGGCCUGCUGGUACAAAUACCAGCCAUUGGAUCACAUCCGAGAGUACUAUGGGGAGAAGAUAGCCCUCUACUUUGCCUGGCUGGGGUUCUACACGGGCUGGCUGCUCCCAGCAGCUGUGGUCGGGACCGUGGUCUUCCUGUUUGGGAUCUGGCAGAUGGUCAAUGAUACCCCCGCGCAGGAGAUAUGUCAGAGUGGGAAUGAGUAUGUCAUGUGUCCUCUAUGUAAUAUAUGCACCUACUGGAACUUAUCAAGCAUCUGCAAAACCUUUAAGGUAGGGCUGUUGUUUGACAAUGGCGGGACGGUGUUCUUCAGUAUCUUCAUGGCUCUAUGGGCUGUCACUUUCCUGGAGUACUGGAAGCGCUCCAACGCUGUGCUGACUCACCGAUGGGACUGUUCAGAGUUUCAGGAAAUAGAGGAGCGCCCCAGGCCAGAGUUCACCGCGUUGGCACCACUGACCAUGCGGAACCCUGUGACGGGCGCCGAGGAGCCUUACUUCCCGGAGAAACGCCGCUUCCGGCGCACCCUGACUAGCAGUAUGGUCAUUGUGAUCAUGGUGUCCGUAGUGCUGAUGUUUGUCAUCGCGAUCAUCCUUUAUAGAGUGAUUCUGAGCAUCAUCAUCUACAAAUCCAACAACGCCUUCUUGAUCUUCUCUGCGGGGCGGAUCGCCAGUCUCUCUGGGUCGGUGCUGAACCUGCUGGUGAUCCUUAUGCUGUCUCGUGUCUACAUCUACCUGGCCCAUUUCCUUACGCACUGGGAGAUGCACCGCACACAGACCAAAUAUGAGGACAUGUUUAUUCUCAAGGUCUUUAUCUUCCAAUUUGUCAACUUCUACUCCUCCCCGGUUUACAUUGCCUUUUUCAAAGGCAGGUUUGUCGGAUUCCCAGGCAACUAUUACACAUUACUGGGAAUACGAAAUGAGGACUGUGGUGCUGGUGGCUGUCUCAUUGAACUGGCCCAGGAACUGUUGGUAAUCAUGGUGGGCAAACAGCUCAUCAACAACAUCCAGGAAUUUAUCGUCCCAAAAAUGAAGUCAUGGUGGCAGAGGCGCCAGCUCCGUCCCACGGUGAAAACAGAGGAUGAAGAGGUGGAAAGGAAGGGACAGGUGGAUGACGCUGCACCCUGGGAAACAGACUAUGAGCUUCUGGUGUGUGAGGGGCUGUUCGAUGAGUACCUGGAAAUGGUGUUGCAGUUUGGCUUCAUCACCAUCUUCGUGGCGGCCUGUCCCCUGGCUCCGCUGUUCGCCCUGAUCAAUAACUGGGUUGAAGUGCGCCUGGACGCGCAGAAGUUUGUCUGCCAGUACAGACGACCUGUUGUGGAGCGGGCAAAGGACAUUGGGAUAUGGAUGGACAUUCUGCAAGUCAUCACCCAAGUAGCUGUGAUUAGUAAUGCCUUCCUGAUAGCUUUUACGACUGACUUCCUGCCUCGCCUCUACUACCGCUACAAUAAUGAAGGGACACUUGAGGGUUAUGUCAACUUCACACUGGCUACUUCCCCAAGCAGCUAUAAUGCUAACCACACACAAUGCAGAUAUCGAGGAUUCAGGGACCAACAUGGACAUUAUCGACCGGAGUUCUUCCACCUUCUGGCUUGCAGGUUGGCCUUUGUCAUUGUUUUUGAGCAUGUCGUGUUCUUCAUUGGCCGUUUGAUUGACUUAAUGGUCCCUGAUAUACCUGAGGAGGUGGAGAUCAAAAUUAAGAGGGAGCACUACAUGGCCAAGGAGGCCCUGGCUGAGAACCAAGUUUUAAGUGAAGUUAUAGUCAAAGAGGAGGAGAAUCUGUCCACAGACCUGCGACGCAGAGCCAAAAUUGACAAGCUCCCAGCAUCUCAUCCGAGGCAACGAGAUUCGUCCCCACACAUACUGAAACGAGAUAGACCACCACUUUGACCUCUGACCUGUAACCUCUGAUUCAAGAGGUCGAGAACUUCAAAGCUAACGGUCACAUGGCGUGAUCAGAUAUAUUUUUCAAAUCUGUGUUUUGAGAAACACUCUGUGACAUUGUCAGGAUGCCAAGAGGACUGACUGCAGUGACGUUAUUGGGAUGUGCAUUGUGUUUAACGUGCCUUUAUAAAGCUACAGUAUUCCCCCACAAUCUGGCCUUGAAGUCAAAGUGACACCCUCUUAAUUUGUAGCCGAACGAAGUACUCUUAAUUAUAGUCUCGCUGUUCUUGUUUUUAUUACUAUAUACAUCCUGUAUUACGUGUGUAACCCACUUGUACAUUUACAUUAAGACGUCAAUGCAAUCAUGUGAACUAAUUUAUCAGUUGAAUAACUUCAGGAAAUUGUGGAUCCGAGGGAUCAUAAGGAUGAGGGCAAUAUGUCCUGUAUAAUGGUGUAAAUUGGCUUAGCCGUGUCCUGGGUGGGAGGUAUGGAUGUCAGAGAGGGUUGCCUUCACGCCUCAGCAAAAAAAGAAAAUUAUCACCUGUAUGAGCUGCAACAGCAUGACCUCAGAGCAGCCGCUCUUUAGACACUUUGGCUGCCACUGCAUUUCAUCAUAAAUAUAUUUUCUGUAAUGCAGUACGUAUUUAAUCAACACAAUCGUAAUAAAUGGUUUAUAUAAAAAAACUACCAAACACAGCAAAUCAGCAUAUAUUAAGAAGGAAAUAACAGAAAACGUGAAUUCCAUUCCUUUAAGACAUACCCGCUCAAAUGUUUUAAUUUCUUUUCCUAUUUCUUUCAUUGCCACAAUCACUAUUAAUUGUCAGUUGAAGGCUUCAUAAUACAUAAUGUAAACAUUUGUAAUUUACUUCCCUUCAGUUGGCAUAGCUUGAAUGUUAUAUGUUUCCAUUUAUUACAUUGUUGAAUUUCCUGUCAUUUGCUUCCUGUGCAAAACAAUAUCUGGGCUUACAUUUGGCUGUUGCUAAGGAUAACUAAUAACAGUUGAUUAAACCAGAAUGCUACUGGUUUAAGAACUGAAUUUGGCAAUUUUUCUAAGGAUUAACACAUUUUGUUUUCCUUUUGCAAAUAUGUUGUCCAAACAAAUGUGCCAUAAGUGCAUAUGGUUCUUCAAAUAUUGAUGUGAAAUAUCAGUUAAAAUAUACUGUAUACAUGAAUUCUGAAACAGA